AUGAUCAUCAACCCAAGAAGGAAGAAAGUGCAGCACAUAUCUCACAUCAGUGUGGACCUCACCUGGUCUCACAACACCCUCCAGAUCACCAGGAAGGCCCAGCAGAGGCUACAGCAUAUAAGAGGGAAAAAAAGGCAUCAACAUGAGUGUAAAGACGUGUUUCUUCUUCCUUCUGCUCGUUGUAUAUGGCAAAGCACAGAUGCCAACCACAGCUCCAGUGACAGCCGCAGCUACAGAAACAACCACAACUCCAGUGACAACCACAACUCCAGAGACAACCACAACUCCAUCGACAACCGCAGCUCCAGUGACAACCGCAGCUCCAGUGACAACCGCAGCUACAGUGACAACCGCAGCUACAGUGACAACCACAACUCCAGUGACAACCGCAGCUCCAGUGACAACCGCAGCUCCAGUGACAACCGCAGCUACAGUGACAACCACAACUCCAGUGACAACCGCAGCUCCAGUGACAACCGCAGCUCCAGUGACAACCGCAGCUACAGUGACAGCCGCAGCUACAGAAACAACCACAACUCCAGUGACAACCACAACUCCAGUGACAACCGCAGCUACAGUGACAACCACAGCUCCAGUGACAACCGCAGCUACAGUGACAGCCGCAGCUACAGAAACAACCACAACUCCAGUGACAACCACAACUCCAGUGACAACCGCAGCUACAGUGACAACCACAGCUCCAGUGACAACCGCAGCUCCAGUGACAACCGCAGCUACAGAAACAACCACAACUCCAGUGACAACCACAGCUCCAGAGACAACCACAACUCCAGUGACAACCGCAGCUACAGUGACAGCCGCAGCUACAGAAACAACCACAACUCCAGUGACAACCACAGCUCCAGAGACAACCACAGCUCCAGUGACAACCGCAGCUCCAGUGACAACCGGAGCUACAGAAACAACCACAGCUCCAGGGACAACCGCCAACUCAGCUGUCAGGAACAAAAUGGGUGUAAUUUCAUUCGUUGUGGCCGUGAUGGCUCACAGACUACACUCAUGUUGUUAGAGUUCAGUUCUUAAUCUGUGAAUGAAGAAAGCUUUUAAAUGCUGUAAACAAUGUCAGCAGCACA